AUGAACCCGGCGGGCAUUCCCACGCUGCACCACUGCGACCUGUGCGAAUUCACCUCCUUCGAUCGCCUGGAAGUGAAGCAGCACGUCACCUCGCACCACUUCGAGAAGCGCCCCUUCAAGUGCAAGGUGUGCUCGGCGGCCUUCAUGAAGAAAUCGCACCUCAGGUCGCACGUGCAGAUCCACACGGGCGAGAAGCCGUUCACGUGCAACCUGUGUCCGGCUGCGUUCCGGCAGAAGAGCGUGCUUGACUCCCACAUGCACACUCACACCGGGGAAAGGCCGUACAAGUGCGACCUGUGCUCCGCCGCGUUUUCCCAGAGGACGACGCUGGUCACGCACUGGCGCUCCCACACGGGGGAGAAGCCAUUCAAGUGCGAGUUUUGCGACAAGAGCUACAGGACACAGUCGCAGCGUGCACGUCAUCAUAUGAAAGGUCACAUGACUUCAGUGCAUCCGCACCACAUGGUCAACCUUCCACGACGUCCCGCACCCCACCAGCAAGAGAGGCGCUUCAAAUGCACCGUUUGUUCCUCCGCCUUCAGCCGGACUUUUCUCCUCAAGAGGCACAUGCGGAUCCACACUGGGGAAAAGCCGUUUGCUUGUAACGUCUGCUCGUCCACCUUUAGCCAGAAGGGCAACCUGUUGACCCACAUGCGCAGCCACAAGAGCGCGCUCAAGUCGCACGUGCGUCUGCACACUGGCGAGCAGCCGUACGAGUGCCAGCUGUGUCCGGCCACGUUCAGCCAGAACAAGAUCUUGCAAAUCGGUGAUCAACAGGCCUUCAGGUGCACCCUCUGCCCAGCGGCAUUCACCAAUCGAAAGAGCCUUCGCCAACAUCAAAUCUGUCACGUGUCGGAAAAGCCUUACGCGUGCGACAUGUGCCCGUUGGCAUUCGCGCGAAAGAUGCACCUCUUCGCCCACCGUCGCCAGCACACGGGCGAGACUCCGUACGCCUGCCCCAUCUGCAACAGGGCCUUCAGAUACAGCAGCAACCUGAAGGCUCACCUCGACACGCACACGGGUGCGAAGCCGUACACGUGCCCCAUGUGCAACGCUAGCUUCAACCAGAAGGGGAACCUGGGUACCCACAUGCGCACCCAUACGGGCGAACGCCCCUUUGCGUGCGAAUACUGCCCGGCGACUUUCAGGCAGAAGUGUACCCUGAUAGAUCACACGCGUCUGCACACGGGCGAGAAGUCCUUUGUGUGCGAGCUCUGUUCCAUGUCGUUCAUUCAGAGGACGGGGCUCGCGAAACACAUGCAGCGCCACCACGGUGUGACGGCGACCAAGUAACCUGGGUUUGGCGCGCGGGCUUUUUGUGUCGCGAGCGUGCGGUGGUUUUUUUGGAAGAGAUGACUGCAUGGCCUUUUUGCCGCAGCUAUCGGAGCGACUGGAAAUAUCGAGUAUCUCUAUAUCUGUCUUAAUUACUUCUCUGUCGUCUCAUG